AUGGCGUCCUCCAAGACGUUUACCCUCAACAACGGUGUCAAGAUUCCGGCAAUUGGCUUCGGCACCUUUGCCAAUGAGAGGUCAAAGGGAGAGACUUACCAGGCAGUGCUGAAGGCUCUGGAGGUGGGAUACCGCCACCUGGACUGCGCGUGGUUCUAUCAGAAUGAGGAUGAGGUUGGCGAUGCUCUUCAUGACUUCCUAGCCAAGAACCCGAGCCUGAAGCGCGAGGAUAUCUUCAUCUGCACCAAGGUGUGGAACCACAUGCACCAGCCUGAGGAUGUCAAAUGGAGCUUUGAGAACUCGUGCAGCAAGUUGCGGGUGGACUAUCUCGAUCUUUUCCUGGUGCACUGGCCAAUGGCUUCAGAGAAGAAUCCAGAUAACACACCAAAGAUUGGACCGGACGGGAAAUAUGUGCUCAAGAAAGAGCUGACCGAGAACCCAGAGCCGACAUGGAGGGCAAUGGAGGAGCUCUAUGAGAGUGGAAAGGUGAGGGCAAUUGGCGUGUCCAACUUCACGAUCCCGAAGCUGCAAAAAUUGCUCCAGUUCGCGCGUGUGAAGCCAGUUGUCAACCAAGUUGAGAUUCAUCCCUUCUUCGCCAACACCGAAUUGGUCAAGUUUUGCCAGAAGAAUGACAUCCUGCCGGAGGCCUACUCCCCUCUGGGCUCACAGAACCAGGUCCCCACAACAGGGGAGACUCUGCGGGAGAACAAGGAGCUGAAUGAACUGGCCAAGCGCAGUGGUUACACGCUGGCCCAGCUGCUUCUGGGCUGGGGCGUGCGCAGGGGCUACGUUGUGCUGCCCAAGAGUUCGACACCCAGCCGAAUUGAGAGCAAUUUCAAUGUUCCUGAGCUCAGCGAUGAGGAGUUCCAGGGCGUUGAAGAGGUCUCUAAAGGCCGGAACACUCGAUUUGUAGACAUGACGCACGUCUUUGGGUACAACGUUUGGCAAGAUUAG